AUGUGGGUGAUUGGGGCGCUUAACCCCGGUUCCGCCGGCGCGGGUGCUGUCAGCCCGUGGCCCCACGCGGCCGUGCCCAAGCCCCUGGUCCCCAGCGACGUGCUCGGCAGCCGGGCCGCCGCCAACAAAGAGGAGCCUGCGGAGCUAGACUGGAGCGGGGAGGAGCAGGACAGAGAGCACCGCAAGGCUCUUGAGGCAUCCCAGGCCCAAGGGAGCCCAGCCGAAGCCUCUGAGGACGAGCCAGUGGCCAGCCCCACGCGGGAGCAGAGUGGGAGCGGCCUUCCGUCUGGAAAGGGAUCCAGCUCCGGAAGGCACUCGGCAGACCUGGCGGGGGCUGGCAGGGGUGGCUCUGGGCCUUCCUGCGUCACCCAGCCCGCUGCCAACGUGACGUGGGGCCCUGGCCUCGCGGCUGCCGCCUGGCCCGUGCUUGCUGCCCGCGUGCGGCACCUCCGCGGCCUGGGCGCGCGGUGCACCGAGGAGCUGAUGGUCACAGGGCCCAUCCUCGCGCACUGGGACGUUAUCACCGACACGCUCGGCCCGAAGACGUCGCUCACCCGCGCCUCUCUCUCAGGCGGCCGCGUCAUCGUUGGCGUCGUGCUGCGCGCCGGGGCCGCCGACGUGCUGCGUGAGGCGUUCGGGAAGCGGGCGGCGGCCGCCGCGCAGGAGGCCCGACAGGCGCAGAAGCUCGCGCGGAAGGCCCCCAGCAAGCGGCAGCUCCCCGCCGACUGGGCUGUGAGCGACAGCGAAGACGGGAGCGCGAGCCUCGAGAUCGAGGACCUGGACGGGCAGCUCAUGGACGACCGAGGGGUC